GCGGUGUUUGUGUUUCGUUAGCCUUCAAGCUUAGUGCACAAGAACGAAGGCAAUUCUUCGUUAAGGCGAGAGAUUUCUGUUUAGGUCGGCGAUGGAGUGAAUCUGUUGUCGUGUUGCAGUCUGAUCCAGAAUUGGGUAUGGCAGGCACUGUGUUCUGAUUGAUGGGAGACUGUGCAAUUGAAGAUUUUGCAUUCGGGGUGACGUCGAGAAGUGGGCUCUGGGAGGAUCUGUGGUCGAAACCUCGCUUUUUCUGGUGCUUUCAAGUGUGUCCAUGGGCUCCAGAUUGUUGUGGUUGUGCCUGUGCGACGAUGGAUGGCGUCUGUGGGGUCGGGACUGUGUACCUUUCGCUCCCAGGUUCAAUAAGGGUUUAACAAGGAUGUUGCAUGUUCCUCGAUACGCCUCAUGAGCGAAUGGACGCAUAUGAGUCGUUUUGAUCAAACUGCUGAUCCGAUUGCUAAAGCGGUGUUGAUAAGGAUGGGAGCUAGGGCGUGCAUGGUACCGUUGUCGCUGCGAGGGUCUCCUUUUAGGGGAUCCGAUGGCAUGGUCACCAGCUCUUCCCUCUGCCUCUCUGUGCCGUCGUCCACACGCUCAGCUUCCUUGUGGGAGACGUUGACGAUAGAGGCUAAGAAAGGAGGAAGACAACCAACCAAGACAGAAAAAGCCAAAGUACGUGAAAGGCGAAUGAGGAAGAAGCUAAACGGUACCACCGAAAAGCCUCGAUUGGCUGUCUUCCGUUCCAACGAUCACCUCUACGCUCAAGUUAUUGACGACACAAAGAAGCAAAUCCUGGUAGCAUCCUCCACUCUUAGCAGAGAGAUUCGUGAGUCCAUCGAUGGCACCGCAGACCCUACCAUGGAUACUGCAAAAAAGGUUGGAGAAACCAUUGGGAAGCUGUGCAUUGAGAAGGGAAUCAGUAAAGUGGCUUUUGAUAGACAAGAUUAUUUCUACAAGGGGCGUAUCAAGGCGUUUGCAGAUGCCGCACGCGAAGUUGGACUAGAAUUUUAGACGUAGUUCAAACACGUAGAAACCCAACUGUUGAGGUCCAAAGUGACGAUCUUACGUCUGGGAUUAGGUACAGCUGAUAUUGGAGUCCCGCAACAAUUCCUAUGUGACUGUCAUGACCAUCACAAUUUAAAAAUAUGGCUUGGCACCAUGGAUGCAUCGCAUGAGACUUUCCCACAAGUCUUCGAAACCUAAUUGGGUGUCUUGAACUUCGCCAGACCUACACCUAAAAAUUGUUGCUUGUUUUUAAGUUGAAAGGAGCUAUUUCAACUGA